GGCCCAGCUGCUCGGAACCAUGACAGAAGAUGACGGAUACGGUUGUCGCGGAGGGACAAGUCAAGUUCAGAGAUGGAAAAAAGUGGAAGACUCGGUGGGUCGUCCUUCGGAAACCGUCUCCGGUCGCAGACUGUCUGUCUCUGCUGGUGUACAAAGACAAGAGGAAAUCCAAGGAUAAGGAGAAGAGCCAAUACCACAAAGAGAGGCUCAACGUGAAGAUAGAGGCGAUCUGCGGCUUGGAGCCGGGGCCGGGGUACGACGGCGUCUCCUACUCCCUCUCCGUCCUGUGCCUGAGCUACAGCGUGGCGUUGGGCUUCAGCAGCCGCGAGGCCGCCAGCGCCUGGGAGGCCCGCAUCCGCUACAGCCUGGGAGAAGUCCACAGGUUCAGUGUUCAGGUUCAGCCCGGCACUAAACUGGAGAUUGGCCCCGCCUCCUUACACCUCUGCAACACCCUAUUGGUCCUCACCAGGGAUGUCCCGCCCCUCGUCAUUGGCCAUUGGAAGCUGUCGGAACUCCGUCGCUAUGGCGCCGUGCCGGACGGCUUCGUCUUUGAGGGCGGGUCUCGCUGCGGAAUAUGGUCCGGUGUGUUCUACCUGUCUUCCGCUGAGGGGGAGCAGAUCAGCUUCCACCUGGACUGCAUCGCGAGGGGGGUCUCCCCCGGCCGGGCUCAGCGCGGGCCCAGACCCCCAAUGCCAGGGGAUCCACCCCCCUGCUCAUCAGAGGAGCGCAUGAAUCAGGAGGAGCUGGAGCUGGAGAAGAGGCUCAGCCUGCUGUCUCAGAGCAGCAGGCCCUGCAGCAUGGCCUCCACCUACAGCUGCAGCACCGUCGCCGGGGACGACCACAGCAGCAUCUCCAGCUCCUCGUCCAGCCAAUCAGACUCCAGCUACGGCAGCCGUCUCCUGGUGUGGGCGGAGCCGACGGCGACGUGGUCCCGCCUCUCCACCGAGACGGUGAGCAGCUCGUCCUCCACGCUGAAGGCCCUGCUGACGGGCUCCGACGGCGUGCUCUACAACGCCGCCGCGGGCGCCGCCCCCCGCCCGUCGUCGUCCAAUCAGCUGGCGGCGCACGGGCUCCAGGACAGCGGGCGGCAGAACUCCCUGGACAGCGGCAUUGGGAUCGCGUCCUCCGGGAGCUCCGCCUCCUACGCCGGCAGCCUGGACGCGGCGAGCCAGGGUGGGGCCGAGGACUUCGGCUCGGCGGGCAGCCUCCCGGCCUGGGCCCGCGGGGCCCCCAGGCCCAGGGGGGGCCCCCGGUGA